AUGGCUCCCGCUCCAAUACUUGAUGUUCAUCCGCCCAAUGGGCCGAACCCAGAAGCCCCCGAGGGUCAGGGUCAGGAGAAAUCGCAGAAAGCAAUGACUAAGCAGGAGCGGCGAGAGCUUCAGGAGAAGCAGCGCGCCGCGAAGGCAGCGAAGGCCACCGCGAACGGUGCAGCCGGGAAGCAAGGCGGCAAGCCUCCUGGGCUCGCCCCUACCGCGAGUGCGGCCCCCGUUGCGGGCAAGAAGGCGGGGCGGAGCUCGGACGCGGGCCUCAAGCCGCCAAACACCCCAACGGUGAAGGGCGCGGAGAAGGCGAAGGCGGCGCAGGCGUCGGCAGCGGACCAAGGAGCGCGCAACCAGGCGAGGGGGCUCCUCAUCUUUUCACACUUCGGCCUGCCCAAACCUGUGAGCGCCGCGAAGGGUGACAUCCACCCUGCGAUCGCGCGCACGGCGCUGCAAUUUUCCUCGUUCAAGAUUGUGGGAGCGAAUGCGCGGUGUAUUGCGACCUUGACGGCGUUCAAGACGGUCAUACAAGAUUAUGUCACUCCUCCAAACAACACGCUUUCUCGACACCUCAUGACUUUCCUCUCUCCUCAAAUCAGCCAUCUCGUGGCCGCUCGACCCAUGUCUGUUACUAUGGGCAAUGCAAUCCGUCAGGUCAAACUGGACAUUAGCGGAUCGGACAUCGACUUGCCCGAGCAAGAUGCUAAGAAGGCGUUAUACCAGAAAAUCGAUACCUAUAUGCACGAGCGCAUAAUCAUCGCAGACCAAGUCAUUCAGGAGACUGCGGGGAGCAAGAUUAAGGACGGUGAUGUUGUCCUCACAUACGCUAGGUCAUCGGUGGUUGAGAAAGUCCUGCUUGAGGCCCACUCAUGCGGCCGCAACUUUUCUGUCAUCGUUGUCGAUUCAAGACCCAUGUUGGAAGGCAAGCGAUUACUGGCUGUUCUCUCUGAGGCGGGCAUCCCGUGCACAUAUCUCCUCCUUCCGGCAUUGGGAUCGGUCAUCAACGAGGUGUCGACCGUCUUCGUUGGCGCGCAUUCAAUACACUCCAACGGCGCUGUGUACUCGCGUGCAGGCACAGCGUUGGUGGCCAUGAUGGCGAAACGGCACUCCGUUCCGGUGGUUGUGUGUUGUGAGACGUACAAGUUCUCAGAGAGUGUUCAGCUGGACAGCUUCACAAAGAACGAACUUGCUCCUCUUGGUGACCUAUUCUCGUCAUUUCCAAACACGAAACCGCGAGAAUCGCUCACACUGGAAAACAAGCCUAAUCUCGAGAUCCUGAACCCGCUUUACGACCUCACUCCACCAACGUGCAUUACUGCGGUCGUCACCGAGGUCGGGGUCAUUCCACCCAACUCGAUCAGCUCAAUACCCGUCGCGCUGGGCCGUCUUCUUUGA